GAGACAGAAAGAGAAAAUGCUUUGUAGGAUGGUAUUGGUGCCGAUGAAGAAGAAGAUUGGGAAGGUGCCCGUUUAUCUGAACGUGUACGAUCUUACUCCGAUCAAUGGCUACGCCUAUUGGCUCGGCCUCGGAGUCUACCAUUCCGGCGUCCAAGUACAUGGCGUUGAAUAUGCCUUUGGAGCUUAUGACCAUGCAACGACUGGGAUUUUCGAAGUGGAACCGAAGCAAUGCCCCAACUUUGUGUUCAGAAAAUCAAUUUUGAUCGGAAGAACGGAUUUGGAUCCGAAGGAGGUCCGUGCUUUUAUGGAGAAACUAACAGAGGAAUACUCCGGGAACCCGUACCAUCUUAUCACCAAGAACUGCAACCAUGGCGCGGUACAACAAGGAGAGCACCGGGAGGAGAAUAUAGAGGAAAGCAAGCUGCCUUUGCAGCUGGAGGAAAGCAGGUCAGCGACAAAGGGAUCCAAGAAAGGCAGAAGAGAGAAGGCAGCGAGGCUGCCAGAGAAAAAAGAAAAAAAAUAUAGAAAGGGAGGGAGAGAUCAGUGCGCAGAAGGCGCGGGGAAUAAAAAAAAGACAGCUGCCUUUGGCAGCUGGAGAGACUGCAACGGGAAAGCAGAAAAUAUAAGAGACGUGAGGAGGGCAGAGGCGCAGCAGGAACGAAGAGACGUGAGGAGAGGCUGA